UUUUGACGUCACAUCCGCAGGUGAAAAAAAAACAAACAAACCAAGCAGAAUUUGAACCAUGGAGGACAAAUACACCAAAAUACUUGAACAUGCUCAGUCCGAGUUCAAAAAACAAAAUUACAAACAGGCGGAGGAACUGUUCACGAAGUUUAUCUCUUCCUGCUCACAGCACAGGGAAUGUGAAGCGAGUAAUCUGGCCACUGCCUUUAACAACCGCGGACAAAUAAAGUAUCUCCGGGUGGAUUUUCAUGAAGCAGUAGAGGACUACACUUCCGCAAUAAAAGUUGACAGCAGUUUUGAAACGCCUUUCUACAACAGAGGGCUCAUCCACUAUAGAUUAGGUUUCUUUGAUGACGCUAAGAGUGACUUCCAGCAAGCUUUAAAGAUUAAUCCAGAUUUUGAAGAUGCAAAAGUGAGCCUGCAACAGACACUUCUGGACCAGCAGGACAAAAUCAACAGAGGAUACUGACAAACGCAUACACUGCAGAGUGCUUGUUUAUAUAUCCUGAAAUGUGAGACGAUGCUAAUUGUCAGUUAACGCUGAUUACUGUCCAGUUGUGUCACAUAAUAUGUUGGUUUUUUUUUUAUCUGAGAAUGAGCAGUUUUUGUUUUUUUUAAAGAUAUCAUUGUGGAAAGUCCUCUAAAGUGAGGCAUAAACUAUUAUAAACAGUUUGCAAUCACACCUUUGAAAACCACAUGAUCAUUUUAACAACACUCGAUGGCGGCCUGCGUCUUCUUCUGGAAAAAACCAGCUCGGCCUCAUGUAGAAAUGGACGUCUUACUGGAUGAGCUGAGACAUUUACCUGGAUUGAUGUCACUGUGCAAGUCUGAAACUACACGGUGCAGACUGAGAGACUUCCAGCUUAGCAGGUAAAAUGAUGAGCUUGUGUUUUACUGUGAGUAAUAAAAACACUGGAUUAGUUUAGUGGAUAUAAAACAAACCCUAAUUAACUGCUCACAUAGAGUAAUGAUACAGGAGGCUCUCAGCUGCAGAGGAACACAUUCUCUGUCUUAUAUUGAACCUUUGACACAAAAUGUAGCUCCCGUGAGAAGUUUUUAGAUUGUUAUGAAAUAGACUUUUAGUAACACUGAUGUCUCUUUAAGACCUACAUAAGCGAACAUGACCAUCAGCGACAAGCUCAGUACCUCCUUAUGUAACCUCUUUAUCUGGGUUGCUGUCAGACAGGUGAGUUACGGCACACUUCAGGAAACAACUUUUGUUGACACAGAUGCACAGUGAGUGACGUGUUUAAAUCUGAUUUUGUUCCAUCAGUAAACACUCCUUACACAUGGGCAGUACAAGAUCAGCGGAAGAUAAAAGAUACCACUUUGUCUAUCGGGGCGCCACAAUUGUCACAAAGUUGCUUGAAGGAGCUUUUAGUCUUUUUGUAAGACGGUGUAAUUCAAGAGAAAUCAGUUGUACUACAACUUCACACAUUAUAAUAAAAUGUACGCCUGUUUGAGCAGAAACACCAAGUAGCUUUGAGCUGGCAGGAAUUGCAGAGACGAUCACUGUUAUUUUCAAACCAUAUAUAAAACGAAUUAAACCUAUAUCCUUUG